CUCCCUGACCAGUAUUCUUCUCAUAUUUUUGUCUUCAUUCAUUCAUUCAUUCAUUCACUCUUUUAACAUGUUGAACUGUUUUCUGAUUUUCAGUCUUGUCUUGCAAAUCUUUAAUUUCAAACUAUUCAGUGAAGUCCUGUACAAAGAAACCACUUAGAUCUAUCCUCAACCAGCAUAUUAAAUGGGAAAACAUUGCUACCUCUUUAAAUCUGGUUCGAGAUUAAAAGGGGAUCUCCUAAGCAGCCAAUCAUAGAGUCCUGAGGGCAGAGACAAAAUCACAUUCGAUAGCGUCAGCCCACCAAGCACUUGUGUCCAAGAUGCUCCUCUUGCUUGGUGUGGCUGCCCUCCUCUCUGUGGGCUUCUCAAGGGAAUUGAACCGGACCGCCGGCCUGCUGGCAGACGGCACAGAGCCGUGCUCAGCCUGCGAAUUCCGGGAGCACAGCAAGCAGAUGAGACUCUACAGCAUCAAGUCCCAGAUCCUCAGCAUCCUGCGGCUGGAGCAGGCACCCAACAUUAGCAGGGACAUGAUCCAGCAGCUGCUCCCCAAAGCACCACCUCUUACGCAGCUCCUGGACCAGUACGACCCACGGGUGGAAGAUGAGGACCACGCCACCACAGAAACCAUCAUCACCAUGGCUACCAAGUCAGACUCCAUUGCAAAUGGAAGGUUGUCCUAUUGUCUGUUCAGCCUCAGUCCAAAGAUCCACACUGAAAACAUCCUGAGCGCUCAGCUGUGGGUUCACCUGCGGCCAGUCCAUAUGGUCACCACAGUCUUCCUGCAGAUCUCCCGACUCAAACCCAACAGGGAGGGAAACAACACCUGGGUCAGAGUGCGCUCUUUAAAGGUGGACACUGAUGCUGGUGCUGGCUCUUGGCAGAGCUUGGACAUAAAGUCUCUGCUGCAGGCAUGGCUGCGUCAGCCAAACAGCAACUAUGGUAUUGACAUCAAUGCUUUCGACCCUCAAGGAGAAGACCUGGCAGUCACAUCUGCAGAGCCUGGGGAGGAAGGCCUGCAACCGUUCAUUGAAGUCAAGAUCCUGGACAGUCCAAAGAGAUCUCGUCGUGACUCAGGCCUAAAUUGUGAUGAGGAGUCAUCUGAAACGCGCUGCUGUCGUUACCCGCUGACCGUGGACUUUGAGGAGUUUGGCUGGGACUGGAUCAUUGCGCCCAAGCGCUAUCGAGCUAACUACUGCUCAGGGGAGUGCGAGUUCUUGCACCUGCAGCAGUACCCGCACGCACACCUGGUAAACAAGGCCAACCCGCGUGGCACGGCAGGACCUUGCUGCACGCCCACAAAGAUGUCGCCAAUUAACAUGCUCUACUUCAACCGUAAAGAGCAGAUAAUCUACGGAAAGAUCCCGUCCAUGGUUGUGGACCACUGCGGCUGCUCCUGAUACACACAAGAGGCCAGCAUGAAAGCAUCAUUUCAUGCAACCAUUAGAUACACUCGUGGAUUUGUAGCACCUUUACAGUUUUAAAAACAAUGUAAACAGUAAUAAUAUAAACAGCAGCACAGUACCGUAUUGUUGUCCAGUGGUACCUUGACUUACAAGUGCACCAAUUUAUGAGUUGUUGUUUUUUUUUAAAGUAAUGACCUGUCUUCGCUUGAUGGAUGUCUUGCUUUGUGUUGGGAGCCAGAACUAGACUUACAAGCAAACUUCAGAUACUCUGCCGCAUGAAUGAAGUUAAAAAAAAAUGUUUUUUUUAGCUGCAGUUCAAUACCAAGCGCUGUUAGCAAUAGUGGUGGUGGUUCUGUCUAUUGUCUACUAUCUGAGCACAUAGCAUUGACUUUAGUUACUGAGAUCAGUUUUGGUGGCAUCUAGCAAAAUGGCGCGAGUACUUACACGUAUGCAAGGGGCAGAGGCUCCCCUUAAGACAACAUUGUUGGAUGAGUCAAGUCGUUGAACAGAAGUAUAACAAGGGUGCACAGGGAGUUUGGUUGUUUAGUGUCAAUUGAGCCUGGAUGGUUGUUUUCACUGGUGUUGUGUUGCUAAUCUGGAGCUGGAGUUGCUAACCACGAGCAGCUAAAGAGCUAGCAGCGAUUUCUGUAAAAACGUAGAGCAGUGAUCCAAGGAGUGAAUUCUUGACUGAUACGCUCUGAUGCUAGUCAACUGGAAACCGCGUAACAGUGGAAAAUAACCGCUAGAUUACCAGAAAUAUCGGGGGGGGGGGGGGGGGGGGGGGGGGAAA